UCUCUAUAAGUUGAAAGUUGAAACCAUAAAUCAGAGUCACGCACGAACAAAUUUCCCAACCCAAGUCAGAGUUCAGAGCCCAAAAGCAAAGGAAUUCAGAACCCAAAAAGAGAAGGUUUUCAGAAAGCACUUAUUUCUCUUUCUCACCUUUCCUUCUCUUCUCUCUCACACUCUCUUUCUUUCUUUCUUUCUUUCUUCCUUCCUUCUUUCCUUUCAAAACCAAAAAACUCCAACCACAACCCAUACUCUACUGUAAAACCAGCUCAACCCAACCCUCUUGAAAUCCCCAAUACCAUUUCCGGGUCAUCGGGUCUGAGGACACCCAUUUCACCAACACCUCCUCUCUCUCUCUCUCUCUUACUUUGCUACCCCAAAACCCACUUCUUAAAUUCUCUCCCAGUCCCAGUGUUCCCAAAACCCAAUGCUUCCCAUAAACAUAAAAUAAAAUAAACAGAGAAGACACACACAUACACACACACACUCUCUCUCUCUCUCUCAGGGGCUCAAGAACCCAGCUUUAAUUCCUUGUCCACCAAAGUCUUCAUUUUUCUUACUGUAAAUUGCACAACUCUCUGAACAAUUGCAGUAAGGGAAAAAAGAAAAGGUAGUUGGUGGAGUUUUGUCAGUCAAGUGUUAGUAAUAUGGCGGGAAAUCCGCCUGAGGGACUUGGAGACGAUUUCUUUGAGCAGAUCUUGGCUGUGCCACCGUCUUAUAGUACUGGUGGUGCUGACUCAGCUGGUGGUGGGUAUGGAGAUGUGGGGUCCAUGCCCAUGGUGCUGCAGCUAGGCUCUGGUGGGUCUUCUUCAGCUGCUGCUGCUGGUGGUGGUUCUGGUGGUGGAGGGUACAGAGGAGUUGGGAUGGGGAUGGGUAUGCCUCUGGGGUUAAAUUUGGAGCAGGGAGGGUUUAUUGGGCAAGAGAGGUUCAGAGAACUGAGAGAAGAAGUUGAAGCCAAUACUAAUAACAAUAUUAACACUUCCAAUGUUUCUGCUUCUGUCAGCUCUGCAAUGAAUUUUUUGGUGUGGCAGGAAAGAGAUUCUGUUCAUAUGACAAAUUUGUUUCCAGCGUUUGGACACUUGCAAAAUCACUCACUCCGGCCAACGCCACCCCCUCCGCAACCUCACCAGUUUCAUAGCCAACCAUCACCAGGGCCAGUUGCUGCUGUCCAUCACCCUCCUGCCAUCCGCCCAAGGGUCCGAGCAAGACGUGGCCAAGCAACAGAUCCCCACAGUAUUGCUGAGCGGUUACGCCGGGAAAGAAUUGCAGAAAGAAUGAAGGCUUUGCAGGAAUUGGUACCCAGUUGUAACAAGACAGAUAGGGCAGCUAUGCUUGACGAAAUUGUGGACUAUGUGAAAUUUCUAAGGCUCCAAGUGAAGGUAUUGAGCAUGAGUAGACUUGGGGGAGCAGGUGCAGUGGCUCAGCUUGUUGCUGAUGUACCCCUAUCAGCAGUCGAGGGAGAGGGCAUUGAAGGAGGAACCAAUCAACAAGCAUGGGAGAAGUGGUCUAAUGAUGGAACAGAGCAACAAGUAGCUAAGCUGAUGGAGGAGGAUGUAGGAGCUGCCAUGCAAUUCCUUCAGUCCAAGGCACUCUGCAUCAUGCCAAUAUCACUUGCCCCUGCGAUCUUCCGGACACAUCAACCGGACGCAACGACACUGGUCAAGCCAGAAUCAAACUCCUCUUCAUAGGCUCCAACAAAAUAUGCAACAGCACAUGCCCAUCAACGACUCCAAGCACGCUUCUGGGACCCCAACCUAAUUUUACUCAAGAGUCAUGACAGUGGGUAUUUUGUAGUCUGGUCAAGUUUAUAACUCAUUAGAAGUGACAAUCAAGUCGCUGCAACUGUUCACUCUUUUUCGUUGAGUUUUGUCAAACAAGGGACUGAUUGUCAUGCCUAGGUAGAAUUGUGAGGCACUUGAUGUAUUUGGCAUAGGAAGCCUAUGGAAGAAUUUUCAAAAGCCAAUUUGAUGUUUUCCUCUUGUAAUAUCAAUGGUGGGGUUGGUUGAGUGUGACCAAAAAUGUUGGUGGUGGGAGCUCUUUCAAUUUCCUCAUGUGGAUAAUGGGAUAUGGGGCCAUUUAAAAGGGAUGGAGGGGUGUGUGUAUGAUGUAUUUUGAGAAAAUUUUAACGCAAGUUGAAAGUAGAUAA